AUGAUGGAAUCGACAUUGAUACCGCUGUCACAUGUAGCUGUCAAGGAUCUUCUUACAGAUACCUCGAGAAGGGUUAUGGAUUUCUCGACCGCAGUGGAGUUAGAUGUUGUAAAUAGGAGAGACACCGCCAAAACUCUGGUACAAAUGUUGGUGUUCGAAGGCAAAGAGGACUUGAUCAUACUGGGAAUCAACGCUUUUCCAUCAAUGGGAUAUCAGGUCAAGAAAAGCCUGCGAGGACCGAGAGAAAAGAAGACAUCACGACAGCGAGAAGAAACCGAAUCGAAUCCUGUGGCUGUUGCGAAACAGAGAGUCUUCAUAGCUCCCGUACCAACCAAAUACGUGGACCUCAAGUGUGAAGAAGAAUGA